CUUCAUCUCCCUCUAUGUUCCUUACUUCUGAGCCCCGCCCCCAUGUGACGUCAUCCCAGGUCCUUCAUCCUCUGGCCGGUGUUGUGCUCGGUGUCCCCGCUAUUUCCUCCCGCUCUCUCUGGUGUCCCCGUUAUUUCCUCCCGCUCUCUCUGGUGUCCCCGCUAUUUCCUCCCGCUCUCUCUGGUGUCCCCGCUGUUGUGGUUCCGGUUCUCCGGUCUCAACAGGACAAGAUCCCUCCAGCUGAUCCCGUCCUCUCUCCCGCUGCCCCCAGGAUGUCCCCGGACAGGACUGAUGUGACUACAGGACUAUUACACAUCACCCUGGAGAUCAUCCGCCUGCUGACCGGAGAGGAUUAUACCAUAGUGAGGAAGACAUCGGGGGAGUCCGGAGGAUGGAGCAGGGGCCCGAACCCCAUCGCAGACCCUCCACCUCACUCCAUGAUACAUGAGAGGAACAACAAGAAGAUCCUAGAACUCAUCAACAAGAUGAUGGAGCUGCUGAUUAGAGAGGUUCCUAUAAGGUGUCAGGAUGUGGCGGUCUAUUUCUCCAUGGAGGAGUGGGAGUAUGUAGAAGGACACAAGGAUCUGUACCAGGACAUUAUGGAGGACCCCCGGCCCCUCACAUCACCAGAAUAUCCGAUUAACAAUUCUGGCGAAAACUUUAUGUUGCCGCUAAAUUAUGACGUUAAAGAUGAAGAUAUAAUAAAGUGCUCCUCAGAAGAAGACCUCCUUACCCCUAAUGUCCAUCCAGAUCUAUCCUAUAAUAAUCCCCCUUCUCCUGGCCAACCAAACAUUGUUACCACAAAGACAGACCAGAAACAGUGUAAAAGUUUUGAAUGUGGUGAAUGUGGAAAAUGGUUUACAAGAAACUCCAGUCUUUUUACCCACAGAAGAAUUCAUACAGGGGAGAAACCAUACUCCUGUUCAUUAUGUGGAAGUAGCUUUAAACUUAAAUCAAGUCUUGUUACACAUGAGAGAAGUCACUCUGGGGAGGAGCCAUUUUCAUGUUCAGAAUGUGGGAAAUGCUUAAAGAGUAAAUUCAGUCUUCUUAUGCACGAGAGAAGUCACACAGGGGAGAAGCCGUAUUCCUGCGCAGAAUGUGGGAAGUCCUUUAGCAUUAAAGGAAGUCUUGUUAUACAUGAAAGACUUCACACCGGGGAGGAGCCUUACCCUUGUUCCGAAUGUGGGAAGAGCUUUAGGGAUAAAUCAAGGCUUAUUCGACAUAUAAAAAUUCACACAGGGGAGAAGCCGUACUCCUGUUCAGAAUGUGGGAAAUGCUUUGGUGACGCAUCAAGGCUUAGUAGACACUUGACAAGUCACUUAGGGGAGAAACCUUACUCCUGUUCAGAAUGUGGGAAAUGCUUUGGCGAUAAAUCAAAGCUUGGUAGACAUCUGAGAAUUCACACAGGAGAGAAGCCAUUUUCAUGUUCACAUUGCGGCAGAAGCUUUACAGAUAAAUCGACCCUUGUUAGACACGAGAGAAUUCACACAGGCGAGAAACCCUAUUCGUGUUCGCUGUGUGGCAAAUGUUUUACGAACCCCUCGGAUCACGUUAAGCAUCAGAGAAUUCACACGGGAGAGAAGCCGUAUUCAUGUUCAGAAUGUGGGAAAUGUUUCAUUACUAAAUCCAAACUUAGAAUUCAUCUGGGAAGCCACUCGGAGAAAAAGCCAUUCUCGUGUUCUAUAUGUGGACAAUGUUUUCCCAGAAGAUCACAUUUGGAAACUCAUCAGAGGAGAGACCAUCAUAUUGAUUUGAAUGUGCGAGGAGCUAAACAAAAAACGAAACCCAUCCGGUUAUUAAACAGUUAAAAAAAAGCGUAUUGUGUAUUUGCAGAGCCAUGAUGCCCCCCCUCCCACACUGCUGUGAGUGGCAAGUUAUCCCCUGUACACAGGAUAGGGCAUAACAAGCAGAUCGGUAGGGGUCCAACAAGCAGAUCUGUAGGGGUCCGACCACCCCAGGGAUGAGGACAUAAUUGUCCACUGAAUAAAUAGCAUGGACUGCGCCUGCGCGGCCACCGCUCUACUCAUUCUCUAUGAGUUCACUGAACAUUUUCAAGUUCACCGCUCGUAAAUCUGAGGAGCCAUAUUAAGGUUCUGAAUGUGGGAAAUCUUUGACAGCCACAUAGACAGUGAAUGGAGCGGUUCUUAUUCUCUUGUCCGGCCAAGGUCCCAGCGGUCAGUGACUUAACGCAUCCGGCGGCCGCAGCAGGGAGCUAGCUCUAGUUACUGGUGUCAGCGCAUCCACUGGGUGAAAUACACUGCGGAUGUGUUAAGUGUGACCCUACCCUAAAUCAAGUUUUUAUAUUGAAUGUGUUUUUUAAAUAAUUUUUGGUGAUGUUUCAGUUUUGGUGUUUUGUUUCACAUUCUAAAUAAAAUAACCCUGGUAUCUUGCCUCGGCCUAAUAUUAACCGGACACUUCCCGUUCUGUAUAGGUUACUUAUCAGCAUUGUCCACGUUAUCAUCACAGGCAGAAGUACAGUGAAAAGUGACAUCAGAAGAUGCUCAGAACUCGGCCUCCCCCUCCUUGUAGAAUGACCUCAGCACAGGUCACAGAGAAUUCCUUGAAACCUCUCCCAUUCAAGUCAAUGGGACAAAUUCUCCGCACAUGGUAUAAUAUAUAGAUAGAGAGAGAGAAUGACCUCUGCACAGGUCAGAGAGAAUGCCUAGAAACCUCUCCCAUUCAAUUCAAUGGGACAAAUUCUCCAGACAUGGUAUAAUAUAGAGAGAUAGAUACCCAUGGUAGAUAUGUGGCAGAAAUUUCUACCUCAGAAAAUUGUUCCGUUUCUGCAGAAGGCAUAUGGAUUCCUUAACACCUUGGGGACGGAGGGUUUUUCCGUUUUUGCACUUUCGUUUUUUCCUCCUUACCUUUUAAAAAUCAUAACCCUUUCAAUUUUUCACCUAAAAAUCCAUAUGAUUGCUUAUUUUUUGUGCCACCAAUUCUACUUUGUAAUGACAUCAGUCAUUUUACCCAGAAAUCUACGGCGAAAUGGAAAUAAAAAAUCAUUGUGGGACAAAGUUGAAGAAAAAACACCAUUUUGUAAAUUUUUGGGGCUUCCGUUUCUAUGCAGUAAAUUUUUCGGUAAAAAUGACCCCUUAUCAUUAUUCUGUAGGUC